AUGGAUACUCAUCGUCCACCCAGAUCUACUGGACGUAGAUCCUGGGCUAACGUUGUUCGCAGUAAAAGCGACACCAUUUUCACUGCAAAUGGCUUCGAACAAACACGGCGCUCUCACCAAGCCGAAUCGAUUUUAGCCCGGGCUCUCAAUGUUGAUGCUGUCAUCUUUGAUUUCGGCACUGACCUACCUUCCAAAGCCGAAGCUCCUAAGGCACCUCUUCUUGUCGAAGCACACGAGGCUACUCUAAAAGCAAUUAAGAACUGUGUAAUUUACAAGGACAACGCCCACCCAUAUCGGGCAACAAAGGCUAUCUCCGUCGACGCAGACCUGGGCAAGGGAUGCCAAAUUCGUCUCUACCGCGAACUCGAAACCGGGAUUUUUAAAGGCGAAGCAACCGUUAUUCUCGACAUCACUUCCCCCGCAGACGCAAUGCGCGAGGACGGCCAACCGUACUACAUGCCGCUACGCCGCUUCAUCGAAUUCGACAAUUGGGAAGAACUGCCCGCCAAUCUGCCGCCACUGCUCAGAAGAGGGGCAUCGGGAAAGGACUGUCCCAAGCUCGAACCUGUUGAAUGCUAUUACUGCAGACAACCGGGUCACAUUCAACGCAACUGCUGUGAGAUGAUCAAUGAUAACGCCGCCAUCCAAACGAUCAGCAAAGGCGUAGCCAUCAGUAUGCAUGAAUCAUGUGCCAUCAUAGCAAUUAGUAGUACACAUAAAUACCCAACAAAGAAGCAUCAAACAGAAUUAUCCAUUUCUCUCGUAUUUCCAAAGUUGUUCAUAUUCAAUCAGCGCCUACUCCUCACAUUGGAGGAGAGGCUAUGGCCCCAACGCAACGGCCAAACCCUCAAUCCAUCAGGACCUUCUGCUGCUCCAGCACUCGCUUCUGCUGUUUCGAAUGCACCGUCCACAACCACGUUUUCCUCUGCUCGCACGUCUUCAGUUACUCAACCAGUUACCACGUCUCACGCAUCUAGUCCUACCAUGUUCCGUGCGUCAGCCCGUACUGCGUCUGCAUCCGCUACUUUGGACCCUCAAUCACCUGCUGCUACUCCAUGGCGAGCCGAGCACACCUCAAGUCUCGUUCCCAUGUCGGAAGCUCCCGCUUUCUACGAUAAUGAUGCUGUUCGUUCCUAGUAUCAACAAUUGCAUAACUUAUAUAACGACCUUGUCUUUCACGUCAAUGAGGGACGCCAAGCUUGCCUGAAUGCACGCCAGACACUGUUGG